AUGAAGGCCCUUGUCUUCCUUUUUGUCCUAGGAACUGCUGUUGCCUUCCCCAGUAAAAAUGUUGAAAGAAUCAUAGGAGGAAAGAACUGUGCGAGGAACUCAGUAACCUACCACGUGUAUAUAGCUACGGACGACUCAAUGUGUGGUGGUUCCCUCAUUAGUGACCAGUGGGUACUUUCAGCUGCUCACUGCUACAAUUUCCAAAUGCAGGUGAUCUUGGGCACCUACAACCUUGAUGCCCUUGAGGGCACUGAGCAAAUCAUCAACUCUGCUAAGGUGAUCCGCCACCCCAGCUACAAUGAUGGGGAUACCAACCAUGACAUUAUGCUGAUUAAACUGACUAAGUCUGCCACCCUCAACUCUCAUGUGUCUACAAUCCCCCUGCCCACUUCCUGUGUGGCUGCUGGCACUAACUGCCUCAUCUCUGGCUGGGGCAAAACUCAGAUCAGUCUCUGGGAGUGGCUUGCUGAAUUAGUACCACAGAACCUCUUCCCAAGAGCCAAGUCUCCCAACAUCCUCCAGUGCUUGAAUGCUCCUGUGCUCUCUGACAAUACCUGCCAAGAUGCCUACCCUGGUAAGAUCACCAGAAAUAUGAUCUGCCUGGGAUUUAUGGAAGGUAAAAAGGAUACCUGCCAGGGUGAUUCAGGAGGUCCUGUGGUCUGUGAAGGUCAACUCCAAGGCAUCGUUUCGUGGGGCAUUGGCUGUGCCAAGAAAGGGAAUCCUGGUGUCUACACCAAGGUCUGCAACUAUGUGGAUUGGAUUGAAAAGACCAUUGCUGACAACUAA